UUGUGACUCGUGUAAAAUAAACUUAGCGUGUGUUGAAAAUGCACGAGUUAUUGUCAGCGACACGCGCUGUUUGUACGGGGUGUGGGUGUGUUAUAAAAUAAUAACGUGAGUGUUACGACGUUUAACGUUACGCGUUUCGUUAGCUGUUCAGCGCAGCAUUCUGAAAUUACUGAAAUGGAGGGUAGCGAAACUCGUGUCGAUUUUUUCCCGACCGCCUCUUGUUUAAUUUCGACUAUGUUCAUCCCUUUAUCGCGAGAUAUUGAUGUUGGGAUUUACACGGGGAGAGAAUCGCUGAAAUUAGUCACGUUUUAAGAAGUUUUGUUUGUUUGAAUCGAAGUGAACCGAUGCUCCACUCGGUUCAGUUUUAAGCGAAUUGUUCACGCGUGUUUUCCUUACGACCGUCAAGAGGACAGACGCGAUUAUCGUGACACUUAAUUUAAAAAAAAAAAUUCGCACGUGCGUUAUUCGUAUCUGAAAUGUAAUCAAUUUAAUUAAGCAACAAAGUUAAAUAAAAAAAUAAGUUUUGAGUAUAGUUAAAAUUUCACAGUUCAUCAGUUCAUUUAAAUGUAAAUAAAGUAGAGGUCGUAAUAUAUAUUAACAUAUAAUCUUUAACAUAUAAUUUAUGAUGUAAUGCAACAUUCUUGGUUGUUUUUAUGUCAUCCCAAUUAUGGGAUUUCAUUGUUUGUUUACUUCAUUGUUUUUUCCUGAAUCUGUGCAUGUACUGUAAAUCUUUUUAAAUAUAAUGUGAAGAUAUUGGAGUUUCACGCACAACUUUGAUGUCGUUUCUUGUUCAUGUUUUGGAUGGAAUUCUUGUUUAUAGUGCGUUUAAAACAUAUUGCUUUCAUUUAUGCAUAAACAAUACCAAAUGGUGCACUUGGUGGAUAAUAAAUACUUUCAAGGAAGCAUUUCCGUCUUUAAUUUAUAGUUUAAAGUUUAGUUUGUGGUCUGAUUCGCGUGUUUCACUGUCAUAGUAAUCGCGCUGCAUUGCAGACAUCGAAACUCAGGCCAUUUCUAUCGACCUCCCCACUGUCGCUCGCUGCCGGGCUCGCUGAAAAAUCCAUCACCAUAGCAACCGCUCGUCUCUGCCCCGUUCUAUAAAUAUUCUCCUUCACGCUAGUCUAGCGUGUUUCUGCUAGCUCGAGCCGUUCCGGCAGGCCAGAUUUCUAGAGGGAUUUUAUUUACAUUCGGUACCUUCAGCAAACAUUUUCCUUUAGAAGGUGCUCUAUAAUGAUCUUUAACCAAAAAAACAUGGACUAACCAUCCUCACUUCAAGCAACCCAGACGCUCCCUAACAGUUUGAGAUGGAAUUACUCCUUCCAGGUUUUAUGGAUAAGUCACCUUGUUCGUACUAAAGAUGUGAACCUCCAGUUCUUUACCCCAGCUCGUCUUGGAAUGUCUCAAAAGCCUUGGUCUGAUAUAAAUCUGAUGUAAAAUAAAGGCCUCAAGGUCAGAUUAAGGGAUCAGUAAUGACGGAUGAGCUGAACAGGUUAUCAUCUGACCGGGAGGAGACGGAUCGCCGUGACUCUGUGCCCACCGGAGCAGAUGGGGUCACUGCCGUCGUGGAACACACGAUGGAGAACGACUUGCCCAGCAUUGUGACGUUUGAGCUGAUUCCUGAUUGGCUGAAGCCAAUGGAGGAGGAAGAUGAUGCUGUUGAGGGUGACAAGACCAUGGAGCGAAGCUCCAAGAAGACCAUUCCUAACAUUCUUAAAAAGAAGCGUGGAAGAGGUCGACCUCCUCUCCCCAAAACUGUUCGCGCACGACUCAACAUGAUAAAAGCGCAAGGCAGCGCUGUACAAAAGAUGAGUGUGGAUACCAUCAACGACAGCAAACGUUCAACUGCCAGAAUUGCCAAGAGGCGGAUGUCCACACCAAUCAGACCACAGCACACUCCCACCUUGCCUACAGGGUCCAUCACCAUCUUCUCUUCUCCAGUAUUUUGUAGUCCUCCGCGCCUCACAAGAGUCUCCCCGCUCAAUGUCGACGGGACUCAGAUACCCUGUCACUCUCCAUCUUUACAGCUGAGCAGCGAUUCCCAACAGAUAAGCCCUGCCACAGCGGGGAAUAAUGGCACUGAGAUGCCCCUUCAUAUCUGGCAGGGCCCUCCUCUGCAACCCAUCAGCCCUCCAAAGACUCCAGAAGCAUUCGUAGAUCAGACCGUGACCAUAGGGUCGCCGGAUUCUCCGGAUGACGAUCUUAAUGAAAGUGAGCCAGAAAAAGAAGAAAUCUUGCUUCUGAUGAGGGACUGCGUUGGCUGUGGAGGCCCAUUUCCAGCGGAGAAAGUUGGGGACACAUUGUGUCACAAAUGCAAACCAGUGGAAAAGAAACACUCACCUCCAAACAUUGUAUUUAGGAAGGUGGGGCAAGAUCAGUGGGAGGUGGGGAAAACAAAACCUCCAAAAAAACUGAAAGCGACUCCCAAAUACAAGAAAGUGAUCAAAAAGGAUUUAGUCCCUGAUGUUGGGGGUGAUGACGAGGAUGAGGAUGAUGAAUGCAACUGGAUGUCUAGGAAACGCUCAAAGAAUCGGCGGAUGUGUCGUAGUUGUGACGCGUGUCUGAGAGGCACCGACUGCGGCGUGUGUGACUUCUGCAUGGACAAGCCCAAGUUUGGUGGCAGUAACAAGAAAAGACAAAAGUGUCGUCUGCGUCAGUGCCAGUUUCAGUCCAGGCUUCACCAUCAGGUCCCAAGGGUAUUACGAAGUCCACGAAGAAGAAAUAUUAUCAAAAAGAAGUUAAAACCAGGGCAACCCAAAAGACGACGAACCACAAAGAACCCCUGGGACGUUGACGGUGAAGAUUACGGCAGCGAUAACGAAUAUGAGACGAAACUGAAACAUUUCAAAACCAAAGGCACCAGGAAAAGACAAAGGAAGAAAUGGAAUUACAGUUUCAAGGAGGAGGAAGAGGAAGAGAUGUUUAUUGAAGCAGUGGUGGAUGAAGAUGAACCAGAUGAGUCUGAUUCUCUCUCAUUGGUUCGGAAUGAGCCUAUGAAACUUGUGAUGGACAAUAACGGUGCGUUUAAUGUCACCCAGCCACCUCAGUCUCGGGAGAUCUAUUAUACCUUGCCUGGUGUCCCGGAGGCGUCUCGUAUGCUCAGCCCUGUUACUCUGUGUAACAGCAAUCCAGAGGCGCCGAUUGAGGCCGGCGGAGUGGCCGGUCCUCUGCCUGUGGGCAUCACUCAAAAUGAUAUUCUGCAGAUUGAGAUGGUGAGAGUCGGGUCACCGGUGUCGGAAUUCAUUGAACCUCAGAACACGGCGCAACCUGAACAACAAGAAAUUACACCUGAACACACGCCAGUGAUAACUCAAAUCUUUAGUCUGGCGAUCGGCACAGAGUGUGACUUUGAAAGAGACCCGGGCCUGAUGGACCUCUUCCACUCUCUACGUCAGACCGUGCUGCCCGCUCACUGGGUGGGUGUCAUGGCCAAAGGGCCCAUUCUCCAGCUCCUGCAGUGCUCCAAACUCUCAACCAUGGCCGACACGGUCAUCCAGAUCGAGAAGGGCUUCUUCUACCAGGUCAGCGUUCAGAACCAGCCUCUCCUCCUAAUGCACUCCGUCUACAUGCAUCACCCCACCUGCCUGACCUCCGUCGGUGACGUGGUGUCGCUCUUGCUUGACUUGGAGGGAAUGAGCGUGUGUCAGGGUCACCAGAACUUCAACCUCGGGACCCCCUGGGAGCCCAGGAUGUGUGUGCGAGCGGCUCUUUGUGAUUUGCUUAUACCCAAGGAUGAGGAACAGUGCGAGAAGUGUGCUCAUCCUGAAGAGGUGUGAGAGACGGACAGUUUUCUUCCACAAUUUUGAAGAAUCUGGAGACGUUCGAAAGAAUCUUCCAUCAGUCUUUACGUUUAUUUAAAGAUUGUAACCCUUCUGUUAUAGUGAGGCAGAUGUCUAGGGCCCUUAAUGCAAACCUCAAAUUGAAUCAACAUUCAGAAUGGUGCUUUUCUUAGUUUUACUGUGGCUUAAAAGAUCUAUGGAGCAAACUGAGCUUUAUCGCAUUACAUGGAGUAAUUUGGUUUUCGUUGUAACUACCUCUGGAUGAUUUCACGGACCAACAUUAACCUUGAACCUCCCGGGUGCAGAUAUUCAGAUUCAAUGAAACGAAACUGUUUGAUGAAAUGUAGUGGAUGUAGUUCAAUAAAAAUGCUGUUUUGUACUGUAUGUAACACUGGCUUUACCGAAGUAAUUUUGGGCUUGGACUUUCAAACCUAACACUGCGUAGACUGUUCGAAGACAACCAAAAUGUUUAUCCUCUUAGAAACUGUCCAUGUCUUCUUUUAAUCAUACCUCAGGCUGUAUUAUUUCCAUUUCUGAUUGUUUGUCUCUAGCUGGGUGCCUUUGUGUAUAGAAAAAGUUCUCGAAUGCAUAAAACUGAAGAUGUCCUCUGGACUUUUCUUGGCCUGAUGAUCAUCGCACACCUGUGCUGUUCUGACUGAAUUGUGUUACGGAUGAUAAACUACAAAUUCUCACGCCGGCAAACUGCAUUAGUUCAGAGUUUUGUGUGUUUGUGCUGUUGUCUGUAAUAAUCUCAGGCUAGCCAGCAGUAAACUUGAAAAAUAGCAAAAGUUACAUUUCGACACUUUGAUUACGUUUAAACGCUUUUGUGUUAAUUUAAUCGUUCCAAAAUUGUGAAAUCGAAUUAUCCUUUUUUUCAUUCGUUUUCUGAUGAUUUGCAUUAUUAUUGACAUAAAUGCAAGUGUGUCCCCCCAGACAUAGGAAUAAAUGCAUGUUUGUCUGAAAUUAUUUAUAAAUAUAGUUUGGAAGCUGGAGAUGUUCGAAGCAUCUCUGUUGUAAAUCUUGACCUUGCACCAAGUUUUAGAACAUAUUGUAAAGGUAUAUUUUUUAUGAAGGGUGGUGAAAUUGUAUUAAAGUUUUUUUUCUAUUGCAAA